AUGACGGACGUGGUCAAGGAUGAAAACUGCGAGCGCAAGGCCCAGUGGCGGGUCACGGUCGACGGCGUCACGUUGACGCAGAACUUCUUUGGCCUUGGCGAAAACAGCACGGGCGGCGCGCUCUGGGACUCGUCCCUCGUCCUCUGGGAGAAGCUUCGGACGAUGGAGCUCGCGGGUCGGUCCGUGCUCGAGCUCGGCUCAGGUGUUGGGUUCCUCGCCAUCAAGAUGGCAUCGCACAGCGCCAACGUCAUUGCUACCGACGGCGAUAACGAAGCGAUUCCGAUCUUUCGCGACAACGUCCAGCGCAAUGGCCUUCCGCCGAUUCCCGCCCUCCACUUGCCCUGGGGUGACGCCGCGUCGCUAAGUGCCUUCCACAAAACGUACCCCGCCAAUGCAACGAGAUGGGACUACGUCGUUGGCGCCGACUUGAUCUUCAACGCCGACUACCACGACGCGCUGCUAUCGACUUUAGUCGACGUCGUCGUGCGUCCCGAGACACGCGUCUUGCUCGCCUACCGCAUCCGAGACGAAGACAAGGAAGCGACAUUUCUCGAGAAGCUCCAAGGCCCGUUUGUCCUUCUGCAGGUGCCCACACCGCCCACGGCGCGGCAACGCGCCUUUGCCCUAGCCGGCAUGCUGUACAUUCUCGUCUCGCUGGGCACUGGUCUCUGGUACCUUUCCCUCCUCUCGCCCAGCCUCGCCAACGACCUCUGGUGGGCGGGGUACUCGCCGGCGCGCCACGAAGCCUUUCUCAUCGACGUGAUCAACGCGCAGCUGAUGCUAACACGCGCCAGUGCCCUCAAUGUCUACGCGGCCGACGCGACUGUCAACAAGCUCUACGCGUCGGCGACGGCAUCGACCACAGUGCCGUCAACGUACGCCCGGCGCAUCGUCUUUAGUGAGCUCACGUCGAUCGAGUACGCAGUGCCGCAGCUGCGUAUUCUCAGCGCGCGCUGGUCGAUGCGCAUGUGUGUGCAGCAUUGCUGGGUCGACUUUAACAAAACCUUUCAAGUCGCCCAUACGGAGCUGCGCCAGCGUCGGUGCGAAGAGAGCUAUGCGACAAACGCAGCCGUCUAUAUGGAAGCCACGUUGCGCAAUGUGGUGUGGACCGACUAUGUAGCGGUCUGGGGCGGUGAGAAUGGCCCGUUCACGGUCGCGGUGGAGCUCGCACUUCAAGAGACAAGCCACGGCCGGUCGUUCCUCCGCGGUGUAGCGACGGCGCGCGCGAUGACGUCGGUGGCCGACGAACUCCUCUACUGGCGACGCCAUAACUUGCGUUCGUUUGAACUACAGUGGCAGAACCGGUAUCGACCGGGCGUGACCGAGACAAUGGUCAUGCAGAAUGCACUGGGCAUGCCGCAGCUCUUGACGCUCAAGGACGUGCCACAAGGCGCGGGGCCGUGGACGUCGGUGAUCCUUUUCUGGCUACCGCUCAACAACCUCUGGCAAAACCACGUGUUCAACCGCAGCCUGAUUCGAGGCUCGUCACGGUACUUUCUGGCCAACACCUCGGUGGACCUCCCGGCGCUCGACGUCGAGGUCAUGCACGGCAACACGGAUGUGCCCGGGCAGUUUGCCGCCCAAGCCGCCCAAUUUCGCCGCCUUAUUGGUCCCUUCCAGAGUGUCGACAGCUUCCACGUUCCCGUCCCACCAUCACUUCUGAGGGCCGUUGCAGCGCUUCGAGUCGCUGGUGCCAACGACGUGGCCGCACUUGUGCCGCCGGCUACACCGAUUCAACUGAUGCCACUCACGUGGCACGGCUACAGCUAUUAUGGCGGCAACCCGCUGUGUGUUGCGUUGCCAGCUACAUCGUACGUGCAGCAGUCGUUUGACUUUACAAACGACUGCUCAGCACCCAAACCACUCGAGAUGGUGCUCGACCCGCUCGCACUACUUGUAGCCCGCGUUGCCACGAUCAACACACUGUCCAGCGAGACUCGUUGCGCUGCGGCAGCGCCUUCCUCAGUAGCCACGUGCUUGGCCGCGCUGAACGGCGUCGACGCGAUCUGGCCCACCCACGUGGCAAUCGGUGAUUGGUCGGCCGCGCGUCACGAUGUCGGCCUCGACCUUGGGCUGAUGCAAUAUGCAACGACCGCGAACGGCACGUGGCGCGUGCUUCGGCAGCCACUACUGGAGCCGUCGUUUACGUUUUUUGGCUGGAUGUUCCUCGCCGACUGGGCGCUGGGGCGUCGGGAAGUGCUCUCGUUCCAAGGGGACGUCGGCAGCGUCGCAUUAAUCUCGAAUGUCGAAGCGCCGCUCUUGUACACAACGGGCACGCAACAAGUACAGAGAGCAACACAGAUUCUCUACUACCUCGUUGUUGUCACGUCCGUCGUCUUGAUGGGCGUCGGCGGCCUCGCGCUCGCCUAUGCAUGCCACGCGCGACUCGGUUUCCAUGGCGCCAACCUUCUGGCUUUCAACCGUGUCACCAGUGCGGUCUGGCUCGGCCGACCGCUCACGUUCUUGCGCGCGGCAUCGGCGACGCUCUUACUAAGCUCCGUGCACACGUCUCUUGCCACAUCAACGGCGGGCACAUCGCGCUUGGUGGCGACGUCGCGUCAUUGGUUGGAAGCGGCCGUCGUGGCGGGCGAGGCAACAUGGCUCACAUACGUUCUCAGCGAUCUCUUGGUGCUGCUCACGCAGCAACGCACGCGGCAAUUGAGCUCCAUCGCCAGCCUGCUCGCGUGGGGUGCUCUCUUCUUGCUCGAAGUGCUCUCGCCGGUCCAGGUUACCGGCGUCCUCGACCGCCAAUGCGUUGGCAUCAACAUGGACUACGCUGUCUCGUGCUCGAGCGGGGUGAUCUACAUUGGCAGUGCGACGCGUCUGACUUUGAUUGUUACGAUCAAAGUCGGAAGCGUCCUUCUCUCGUGGGCGGCGUUGGCUCUAUGCUUGCGUCGUCGGCCAAUCCUCGCGGGUCCGCUGCUUUUAAGCGGGCUUGCCGAUGCCGUCUUGACACCGGCCGCCAGCUCGUCGUCGGAGCAAUGUGCGAUGGAUUAUGUAGCGUGCGUUCUUGCUGGGCUUCUUCCCUUUCGCCUACGCGGUUCCAAGUAUCUCUUUGACAUCAAGCUCUGGGUACUGGUCCGGGACACCCUCUCGACAUCGCCGCAGGUCGUCGUCUUGCCGCGUCCCAUGCGGCGCGCUCGGUCCCGCAUCGAAGGUCCCGCACCGACACUUGUCGAGCUCGUAGACAAGCGAUCGGUUCGAUGGAGCCUUUUGCGUCGCGUUGUGGGGCUCUGCUAUAUCGCGUCGUCGAUUGUUGGCUCGUUGUCGUACCUCAACAUCUCGCACGUGAACCUCUCGAACGACCUAUUCUGGGCGGGCUUCAACAGCACGGGCGCCCACGCCUUCUUUGCCAAUUGGCUCAACGAGCAGCUCAUGCUCGGCACGACAGCGGUGCCGGCGCUAGAGUUGACCGCACCGUCUAUCAAUCUCGCCGCAUCGUUUGCCGCUACGUCAACGGUGGUAACGUCGCCAGCCAACUAUGGCGCGCACCUCCAGUACUCACGGCUCAAUUCGAUCGAAGCAUCGAUUGCAGGUCUUCGUCGCUCGAGCGGCUGCAAUAUGCCGUGGAUCUUCUCGCCGUACUGCUACGUCGACUUGGAAGCGACGUGGGAGAUGGCCAACUCGGCCGCGCGGCAGUCGCGCUGUCGUCAAAUGCGGUCCAAUGGCGCCGUCUUUCUCGAAACGGUGCUUCGCAACACCCCAGUCGCUUCCUUCUACGCGUGUUGGGGCCCCAGUUUUGAGACCGCGAUCGCGAACGAGCUGCGCCACUCGUCGACCGGGCAAAACUGGUUGCGCGCCACUUUUGGAGCGUCCCUCUCGGUAGCCGACGAAGCGGUCUACUGGCGGGCCCAGAACCUCACGCACUUUACGACGCAGUGGCAAAACUACAAGCGCAUUGGUGUGCAUGGGAGCUACGUCAUCGGCAAUGCGUACGGCGUCACGUACCCGCUCAAGCUCACGUCGCAAGAAACAACGGACCGCUUUGAGAUGCAAACGUCGUUCAAAAUGUACUGGGCACUCGCCAACGACUUCGGCGCAAUCCGUCGCAACAAUUCAGGUAUCGGCGGCUUGAGUCUGCUGCGGGGUAGCGCCACGUACGCCUUUGCCAACACGAGUCUUGCAGCGGUGUAUACGACGAACGGGACCCUUCCACUGCCAUUGCCUCGGAGCUUGUCACUCACUGCAUCGCGCCUGGGGCCAUUCGGGUCCAUUGAUAUGAUGUAUGUCGCGCCACCGCCGGCCUUGCAGCGCCUUGUGGCGACUAUCAUGGACCGAACCCGCACCUCGCUCGCCACUGAAAGUGCUGCCACAAAGGCGUAUGCUGCUAUCAAGCCGCUCGAUGCUUCGUAUCCGGUGCCUGGCACGUGGGUUGCCGCCAACUAUGGGGCGUUUGGUAGCUCGCCGCUCUGUCCCGAGUUGAGUUCGGGACAGAUCAUUGCGGUCGGUCUCGUCAACCUGCUCUCGUACGACGCAACGUGCAUGGCCCACUCGGGCAUUACGUCGAAAGUUCUGCCCACGCGACAACAGUACAUUGCGAGCGCUCUUCUCGCGCAACUAGCUGUAAGCGACAACUACACGGACGUGUGUCUCCACGAACCGUCGUACCAGGCGGCGUGCCUCGUCUAUCUCAACGCGACGACGUCGUUUGUGCACGGCUUUCUGAGCCCCUCGGACCUCUCGCAAAACGUGCUGCAGGUGCACGAGCUCGUGCGCGCGAUGAACGUCUCGUUUAUGCUGUUUACAACCCCCUCGAGCCCAUCGACGAUCCUGCAACUUGUGACGAUCAACCUCCUCGAUGAGGACGAAAUUGACUUUGCUUUUUUCGCCUGGCUCUUUCUGUACGACUGGGUCGUUGGCAGUCGACAAGUGAUCUCGUUUCAAGGCGACGCUGGCGCCCUCACGCUCAUUACGGACGUCCAAGCACCACUGAGCCAGCCGCCGCUAGCGUCCGAGGUACCGAGCAACAUCGCCCAGUACUUUCGGUCCGGGGUGCUCUACGUCACCUGCGUCAUGAUGGCGAUCGCUGGCCUCGCGGCCAUCUACAUGCUCGCUUGCCAAGGGCAGUUUGAGGGCUGGAACAUGGCCGAGCUGGGCCGUGUCGGCGGCAUUGUAUGGGUGGGUCGGCCGCUCUUGUUGCUCCGCGCGAUGACGGCCCUCUGCGUGCUCUCGACAGCGACGAUCGAGCUGACGUACUCGGGGUAUUUUAGUCGCUUUGCGACCACCUAUGAUCCGUGGUACAAGACGCUUCUCGCCGCCAACGAAGUCACGUGGCUCAUCACGAUCGUCAACGAUAUUCUUUUGGUCGCAACCGGCGACUAUGCGACGUACUAUGUCACCCUCAACAGUUUUCUGGUCUACGCAGUUGUCGCGACGAUUACGCUCGUGUGGCCCGUGACACCCGCCGCGUCGAUCGAUUUGCAUUGCGAUCUAUACCAGAUGGAUGCCUUGGUGGUCUGUGACGCCGGCAAAAUCUUGAUUGGCCGCCUCGAACGACUUGUGUUGCUUUUGGCGACCGUCGUCGUCUCCCACGGCGUGUGCUACUUCCUUGUGCGUCGUCAUGCGACGCCGAUGACGCCAGUGCCGUCCCUCUUCCUCUCGCACGUCUACCACCUGGACCGAGCCUCUGCUGCCCUGGACGGACUGCUCACACUGCGCCUUCCAACCAAGAUGGUCCUGCUCGACAUCAAGACGUGGCGGGCGUUCGUGCUUCCCAUAAACAGCGACGCACCGCCUGCCCUCGCGGCUGCAUUGCCAUUGCUCGAAUAG